GCUGAUGCUCCGGGUCGAGGCUGGCCCUCCGCGAUGGAGGGGCUGCUUGUGGGAGCCGUGUUUUUCCGUCUGCCGUUUCUGCCCCUCCGUGACCGAUCCCGGCAUGGCGGCCUGGUCCCUAGCCCCGUUGAAGACAGAGGGAGGUGUUGGCACGGGGAGGUUGACCCCCCCCCCCCCCGCCUUGGUUAUAAACUUGUGUGUAGAAAUAUUACCCUUUGCAGCACGCCUAGUCUGCCUUUUGUUUAUAUUUUGCGUCUCGGUGUUGCAGCGUCUCACCGCUUUGUUUCCAUUGCGGCAAGUGAAUUGUGAGGAGUUCCCUUGCGGAAUCCCUUCUUCCGGGAAGUACGGGCACAGCAAGAGCUAAGAUCUGGAAAUAAUUGUCAAAUAACAAGGGAGAAAUUAGGUGCUCUUUUAUUAAUAUUGAGAGCAAUUAAUCUUACAGUCAUCUACAAAUCUGGUGACUUUUUUUGCCUAUUGAUGUCAUUAAAUCAUGCUGGAAAAGACAUGCUUUAAUCAAAUUUGUUACUUGGCUCAGUUCAGAGGUAAACUCUUGUGAUACGCUGGCUUUUUCUUUCUAAGAACAUGGACAUACGAGCGUUUUCAUGAACCCUUUUUCUAUCCCUGGACCUUUCUAUGCAUUUGGUCCUUAAGCUUGGCUCUUCUCUGUAUGGGCUUUUGCCCCGAAUUUGGAUGUUGCGAGAUCCAGGUCAUGAGCUGGAGCUUGCCGCUCCCCUGCGCUGUGCCUAUGCUGUCUGGGUUUCCCACGCUAUGUCAACCGCCAUCCAUGAUCGCAUUCUUGGAAUAAACCAUUUUGUGCAAGCCUCCCACGUUAUCUUCAUGUAAGUGUUUCAGCAUAGACAACAAAAAGACUGGAGCAGUGCAUGCUCAAUAUUCCAAAGAGAAAGCUGAGGAUGCUAGGAGCAACGAAGGGUUGGCAAGGCUUUCUCUACGCUUCAGGAUGCCUGUCUGUGUCCACAGCUAAGGAGACUACUAUAAUGACGGAUCCUUCAGUGGCGGAUCACUUGACACGACUGAAACUCAAACUUCUAGAAAAGAGACUAGAAAAUGAACAGGAGGACCUAGGGAAGAUGGAGUCACCUCUCCCAACUGCAAGGAACAGACGGGACAAUAUGCUCCAAAGUGCCCUAAGGCGAAGGAACGAUCUUCUGCAUGAACUUAGGGAGCAGCACCUUCUGGAAGAGCUUUCACAGCCCCCUGCACCAGCUGGACAACACUGUCGUAACCACAUAGCUGCCCCCCCCCACAUCUACCAGAUACCUUUUCCAGCUCCCCAAGUGGAGUCACCAAGGAUUAUCCAGCAGAUGGCACCACCUCAGCCUGCCACCAUCAUCCAGCAGUUACCUCACCCUUCCCCCCUGAUCGCACAGAUCCCCCCUGCCCAGCCUUUUGCAGCCCCUCGCUCCGGAAGCAUUAAAGAAGAUAUGGUAGAGAUGAUGCUGAUGCAGAAUGCUCAGAUGCACCAGAUCAUCAUGCAGAACAUGAUGCUGAAGGCUCUCCCACCGAUGUCGUUCAUGCAGCCCGCUGGAGCCAGCCCUCCCCUGCUUCAGCAUGCACAGCAGGACCUACAGUUUGCUGCUCCCCUGGCUGUGAAAGCAGACAGGACCAGGCCAUCUGUGGUGCACCACCAUCACCACUACCCUCCCACAGGAGCGUUCGCAGUGCACCAUGAGGGGUUCCCGUCCACAUCCAUGAUGCAUCACCAGACCAGCAGCAUGCUCCCUGCCCUGCCUACGUGGCCUACAUACUGACAGUACGUGCUCCUCUGCAAGUGGACCAUAGUGUUGCUGAAGUCAACCUGUAUUUCAACAGUUCCUAAAUAAUCUGUCUGAUCAACAGUCUAAUGUCUGUAUGACUGCACAUUGUUGGUACAAGAAGUGGGUGGGAGAAAGACUGCAAAUGUUCAGAACAAACGUACCAUGCGUCUGUGGCCUGCUCACCUGUUUCUGCUAGUUCAGUUGUUUCCUCUUAUCUUCCAAGCUCAGACCAGCCACAAGCAAUCCACUUUUUUUUGCCCUCUCUUCACAGAAUCAAGAUGACCCAUCCCAAUGUGUCUUGCAGGCUUGGCAGCCCACAGCAGCCCCUGGGCAUGAGAUAAUCUUAACACCAGCAUUAUAUGAGCCCUUGUGUGGGAAAGUAACGGAAGAUCGGAAAAUCGGCGAGGAGGAUUGUAAACACAAUCAAGUGACUCACACCUGGGGUGCUGGGAAACACGUUGUCCUGGUUCUGGCGGGGAUAGGAUUAAUUCUCUCCGGGCUCUGGCAGGGACACAGGCAUUCCAUCCCCUGUGAGCCAUGCCCACCCUGAGCUGCCGGAGCAGGGGGCAGGAAGUCACCCCUGCGAGUGGGCUGGGGUGUCCUGGGUCCGGUCGGUGAAUAGCGGUUCCGUAACCGUGUUUGUAUAUCCCUCUAUCCAUGUUAUUGUUUUCUUGUUCCCUUUGCUGUUCUGUUAAACUGCCUUUGUCUCAACCCACGAGUUUUGCCUUUUUCUUCCAAUUCUUCACGUAUUGGGAAAGCCGGAGAGAGCGGCACGUGGUUCUUUGUUGACAUCUGAGGCCAAACCACAACACACACACGUAUAUCACACUAAUUGUUGUUCAGUCUUAUGUGCUUGCAAGCAGAACACCUGCACUUAGAUAACAUAAGUCUGCUAAGGACUCAAGGACACCUUAUCUGCCGCUUGAGAAUCCUGCCCUCUCGUUGAAGAAGAUCAAAGCACAGUGGGAAAACUACACCUGCUCCAACCCUUGAGAUACUGGCAAGAACACGGUGUCUGAGCGCUCUCACUCUCUUGCUAAUAAGGGCUCUCUCUAGCUCCGCGGUGCCUGCCUCACCCGCUUGCCUGCCUCUGCCUGGGCGUUGCUCCAGAGAUUCCCCGAUCCAUGAGGUAUCAAGAUUAAAUUUGUUCUUUGCCUUUCGCCCGUGGUUUUGUGGUUGUUCCUGCAUCCUUCCUGCCUGCAUCCCGUCUUGCACCGUGCAGAUGAGCUCGACCCAGCUCCAGGGCUGAGAGCCCCCUUCAUGUGCAAAUUGAGGAAAUCCUCCUUGCAAAGGGGGCUGCUGCCCUCCUGGGGAGGAUAAUGCAAACUAAUCCAGGAUGCGUCAAUGAGGGUUUAGUCACCAAACUUCACCAGGCCGAAGUGUUCCUCCUUCAGCUUUUGGCUUUACUCCCUCACAGAUGCACUUGUGAUGAGCAUGAAAGAUCCAAAUGCAAGUUACCCGCAUAGCAGGGCAAAAUCCCGCCGCUGGAUUUUCCUGAAGACCAGCAGUCUGCCCCACUUGUGAGCUGACUUUAUGCACUAUUUGGAUAAAUAGUUCUAAGUGGAGAAGAACAGAAAGAAAUCUGCCGCUGUGUUCGUUGGGUUUGAAUGUUGACAUGCGAUGCCUACUCCCAGCUAACUGCAGUCCAUGUUUUCUGCCCCAGGAGGGCUCUGGCUCUCAGUCUUUCCCAAAGCUCACAUUUACAAAGCUACCCAUGGUUUUAUUCUUAAAAAGCUAUUGGAAGAUGAUUUAAGCAGCCUGGAACUGUGUAUAUUUGUUUCAUUGUUUCUCAACCUUUCCCUCAUAUAAUCAGGAUUUAGACUUGAUUUAAAAAAAAAAACCAAACAAUAAAAUCCUGAGGUUGUUCCUUGGA